UAUAGCCGAAGAAACAUGUAAAUACUGGAGAGAGUGUGAGACAGAAGAAGGAAGAAGAGAUGCACAAGGGGUCUCAGGAUCUGGCUAACCGGAAAGGUAUCAUAGCCUUCCAGGCGGAGCUGAGAAAGGAGCUAAAGGAUGGUGAUGGUCACGCAUUUGGACAGAAAGCCAGCAUUUAUAAGCAGACUAUACAGGAUAUCGACUCUACACUGAAAAAUGAUCGUAAGCACAUGAAAGAGACACUGGGUGCUCUGACUGACAUGCUAAAAGCUGCCAACACAUACAUUGAGGCUGACAAAUGUUUCGCGGACCACCUGGAGAACAUGGGUACCAACUCUCUCAAGACAGGCUCCCAACAUCCCACUAUCGGUAACGCAUUGAUCAAAGUGUCACUGCUGUUCAAAGAUGUAUCGUCUCUGAUGAAAAUAAAGAUAAAAUCCAUCAACGAAUCCCUAAUAGGACCUCUGAAAACAUUUAUUGAGCUGGGCGCUCAGAAGGAUUUGAGAGAGUCGUUCGAGAAGACGUGGAAAAAUUACGAUGCUGUCAUGAAUAAGAAGUCUAAAGCACUUCUGACGACUGAUGCACAUAUUGAUGGCUCUGACCCGUUUGAGGACAUUAGUGAGAGUAAACGCAAAGCAAAACACGACGUCUGUGAUUUUAUGAUAAAGUUUAACGAGAUCUCGUCCAAAACGGGAGCUGACUUUGUAACGCAACUUAUCACUCUGUACGACGAGGAAGUCUCAUAUUUUGACAAAGGUAAAAGCUGCCUCAACAAUCUGAACUCCUACAUGGUUAACCUCCGAACCGAACUAGCAAAUUUACAAGCGAACCAAGAGAAAGACAGGGUAGAACUACAAGCUAUCAGAGACAAGUUGAAACCCCCAAAACCAGAGACACUCAGCACUGCCCCAGAUCAGAGACAGAAAGAAGAAUUUAGUUUGACACAAGCCGGUGACGCCAGUUUUGGUAUUAACAUAUCUGGAAAUCUAAACAAACGCACUGAAGGUAUUCAUCGGUGGCAAAAAAGAUUCUGUAAGAUCGAGAACUUCCACUUUACAAUAGCUCAUAACCAGACGACACCCCCGACAGCUAAUCUCUACCUGUUAACCUGUCAAGUUAAAGAAACGCCGAGCUCUGCGGUGGACGGAAAGAAGAAUUGCUUCCAUCUAAUUUCACAUGACAGAACAUACCAUUUUGAGGCACCCAGCGAAACUGCCAUGAGUAAAUGGACUACAGUUAUCAGAAAUAAUAUCGACCAGAGCAUUAAGUCCGAGGUAGGUGAUCUGAACGCACACGCAUCAGUAGACCUCAACAGUGACGAGCACAAGCUGAGGGAGUUCGUUAAAAAGAUAAUCCACAAGAUUAAAACGACGACUGGGAACGAUCGUUGUGUGGAUUGCGGCAAACCAGACCCGACGUGGUUUGCAGUGAAUCUAGGUGUGCUAGUGUGUAUUCACUGUUCGGGGGCCCACAGAAAGUUAGGAGUUCACAACUCUAGGAUCAGGUCCUUGGAUCUCGACAAUCCUGUUACUGCUGAAUUACUCUUGCUGUACAAGGUUGGUAAUCAGAUGUACAAUGACGUGUUCAAAGCUACAUCCCGCCCCACUGAUAUCGUCUCCCACGACUCAAACCUGGACGAGCGGCAUGCCCAUAUACGGUUAAAACAUGAGGAUAAAACAUACAUUCGGCGGAAAUGUGCGAACCCAGAAGAAAUGGGACAGGUACUACACAAGUGUGUCGAGAGUAAAGACAUCAGGGGACUCCUCCAAGUGUUCGGAGAAGGUGUCAAACUGGGCUCCCCCAUUCCUAACUCUUUGUACGAAGAAACAGCACUCCAUAUAGCGGUAACGAAGGAAGACGAAACGUCACUCCAUAUUGUCGACUUCUUAGCUCAGAACUGUCAAGGGGAUGACAUCGACAAACAAGACACCGACGGAAAAACCGCUCUGCAUUUUGCGGUUAUCAACAACAAGCCCCAGUCGAUUAAGAUCCUGCUGAGAGGCAAUGCCAACCCUAGAAUUACAGAUAACGCGGGAGAUUCGCCGCUUGAUCUCGUCAAAGAAGAUCAGGAGGAGUGUAAGCAACUGCUGGAGCUCGCUAUGAACGGCAAACAUCUGGCAAGGUGUGAUGUGGUCAACUUUAACUGGGAAAUAGAAGGUCAGCCGGACCUGACGACAUUGGAGGUGGACUACACAGACGACGAGUUAGAAGACACAACUCCUGAGAAAGCCGAGAGGCACAAAUCCAAACGGAGCACGGAGCACGUGUCGCGCGGAACGCCCGGGUACAAUACAGUGUCGGGUAUCGGUAGUCUCUCCCACAACUCUCAUAACUCCCACAACUUAGCGAAUCAGGCUGCUCAGAUAGCCGCCAACAAGAAAUCCUUUGACCCCUCCGCAGGAGGUCUGGUAUACAACUCGUCUCCCCGGAGCUCCUUCUCCCACCAGCCCAGCAGGUCUUCCUCCGCCUCCACAGGGAACAGACCCGCAGUACCGCUACAACAGUCUCCCUACAGAACCAGUACUAACACUGGACCUGGCAUGAACCUUCCUCCCAACAUACCUACGAAUUCGCCCUUAUCCAGUAGAACGGGUAGAAAAGGAUCAGCAGGAGUAAACCCAGGUCCUCCUAUUUCCAGAAAAUCUAACAAAGGACACAGUGCAGUGCCUGGGGUAGUGAACCGUGGGGCUGUUUCCAGCUCAGUUACUCGCAACAGGAGCUUCACAAUGGACCAGGGGCCGGGGAUCAUUCACACCCGACAUGGAAGUAGGCAGGAACACUUGGAGGAUAGACUCAUGAGAAGCUGUUCGGUUUCGGUGACCACCCCCAAGAUGCAGCGGGGCGACAGAGACGAUGCACGUGCUAUGACGGUCAGCGCGGGGGUGUCAGGAGGCGCAGGGCCGCCGUCAGUGCCGCACAGAGCGCCGCCAGCACUGCCGCCUCGCACUCAGCGCCGCCGUGUAGAGGCAAUGUACGACUGUGAAGCUGAUGAUAUUGAUGAGCUGAGUUUCAAGAUAGGAGAUAUUAUUGUGGUUGUAGAGGAGAUAGACGACUCUUGGUGGUUCGGUAUGAUCGACGGUGACGACACUCGGAAGGGAAUAUUCCCGAAGAACUUUAUUCGCCCCUACGAGGGUUCACGUUGACGAAACUUCAACAUAGAACUACACUGUACUCCUAACACUGUAUCCGGUGCAAAUUAAUACAUUGUACAUUGUACAUUGUAUUUUGUUGCAAAUACACGUACUGAGGGUAUAACGGUGCAGUGAGUGGUGUACAGUGGAUGGUUUUGACGAGCUACAUUGCAUUGCAUGGUGGGAGUAUGGUAUACCAUCUGUUGGACUGAGGCUUUUUGGGUGGUCUUGCGGAGGACUUUUCUUUUUAAUUACUGAGACUGACCAUGAUGUAUAGGUGAAAUCACCGUGGUGAGGAUAUUGAAAUCUUGGGAUCUGCAAACAUGUUGUAAUUGUGUUUCUGAUGCUAUGAUAAAAACACGAUAUUUCUUGACUUCUGCGUGACAUGUCUGGUAUGUUAACAUGUGACUGUGUGUAGCCACCGUUUUCCUUGCCCUUCCUUUAUGUGUACGUUUAUAUUAAUGUUUCCAAUAAAUCCUUAUGCUUCUGUUUGACACGCCCGUUUUUUCUCUCAUUUUUUAAAAUGGGCUGUUUCCCUGUUAAAACUAACGUUUUAUUUUAUAUUGCAGAGUUGCAACAACUUUAGAACUAAAUUUUGAUGUAGCGCUAUCCGAUUAUUAUUUCAAUUAUAUACAUGUGAGCAAUUAUUUGUACAGUUGACUUUAUAGUAAUACUCUGAAAAUUACUCCGUCCCGUCUGGGCUAUUGAGCAAACUUAUUUCUUAUUACGAUGUUAACUAUAAUUCAGCAAAAUUCACAAUUGACAAGCUGGACAGUGUUCAAUUGUGGACAUUAAAGUUGAUUUUAUCCAAAGAUGAUAUAUUUUCCAAUUUAACAUCUGUGUAACCGUUUCGGAACCUCUAUAAUUUUGUUGGUUUUAAAAUUAACAUUAGUUGUUUAAAGUUGCCAUCCAAUUCACUCCUCCUCUGUUGUCAAUAUGCUGCCCUAAAUGUACGCAGCGUAUAAAAUCGCGUGGUUUUCUCACAAUUGGUGGUUCACUCACUGUUCACACAGAAUCGACCGACUGAAAGUUGUGCUGUCAUUCACCGCCAUUUGCCGUUCAACCUCACCAUACAUAUCUUCUACUAUGAUAAUUGCAAAUAAAUAUUGCUACCUUUAUAAGGGGUAACGGCAAUUUCUUAUAUGAAAUAACACAGAACAAACUGAGUUUAGAAUAGUGUACCGUUAGACUUAUCAAAAGGGCUCGACUCCUUGAAUCAUUAGUUAGGAAUGGUAAGAGUAAUAAACCCUGUGAAUAAAUUUGUAACAAGUUUUUCGACAGGAAUGUGUUGUCCAUAGUCCCAGGAACCUAAAAAUUUGUAGAGCAAUUUUUCUCUAGGCACCCAACAUGGCUUUAACCAUGUUAGGCGUUUAACAAUCGUCAAGAUGCAUCAUUCAGUUUGGAGGUAUGCUGUGCAUUUAAUUUUGUAGGUCGUAGGGGAGCUGAGGAUGCAGAGAUCUUGGGAUAUUAGUGGCUCUAUAUUCCUAUCUUCCCCGUCGUUAUUACAUAGAAUAUAAUUCAUUUAUUAAACCAUCACUUCAUUAUAUAUCAUGAUUGUAACUCUUCCAUUUUCACAUUUAGGCAAAUUGAGUUUAAUCCAAUAGUAAUUGCAUAUGACUGUUACCAUAACUUACCAUUACCAAUACCAUGAUUACGACCCAUGAAAACAUUUUCACUUCAACCAUAGUUGCUACUGAGUUUAACCAUUAACAAGUGUUCCACCACUUUCAUAACAGCACAUAAUAUGUAAAUUUGUCAAUAUUUAGUUAUUAUAUUCAGUCUCAUCAUAGGACUAUUUUAGGGCCCUCUGCUUUUUGGAUAACUGUUUGCAGCGCAUUCUAAAUUGGUUUAACUUUGAUAAGAUUUAAAUUUGAACUCGGACUUGAAUUAUGAAUUCGUUAACUCGAUUCCACAUUUUGAUUUGUGUUCUUUUAUAUGAACUUUCUGUAAUUUUAAUUUCAAAUGACCGUUUUAAGUCUACUCUUUGAA